CCUGGAGAGGUCCUGUGAGUGAAGGCUACAUCCUGGAAACCAAACAGUCAACCACACCAACCCAGGACUGAUGCAUCUGUAAAAGGUCUGAAAUGUUCUGCGGUACUUCAGAGCAAAAACAGUCUACUCUUAUGCAGUUAAUUUGAUCUUUCUUACCUUCAGAUGAUGCUCGCUGAGAGAACAACCUAAACUGAUUCUGUUUCAAAUAUAAGUUUGGGAGCCGAACCAUGGAAAGCGCGGGAGUGUGUGGGAUGGGCGUGGUGGCGCGGGGCCUGCUGGUGAGUGCCUCGUGCCCCGAACUGGGCAGGGGCCCCUGUCGGGACGAGCUGGACGGUUUAGGGGAGGAGGAAUCCGCCUGCUGCGCCGGGGGGUCCCGAGGAGAAACGCCUGGCCGCGAGGACUUCCGCCUGGACCCCCCUGAUGGAGAGCAGGACCCGGACACGGGCAAGAGCAAGGAGAAGAAAGGUUUAGGGAAAGAGGUGCUGUUAUUGAUGCAGGCCCUGAAUACAUUAGCUACCCCAGAGGAGAAGCUUGCUGCCUUGUGCAAGAAAUACGCAGAUCUACUGGAGGAGAGCCGCAGCAUGCAGAAGCAGAUGAAGGUGCUGCAGAAGAAGCAGUCUCAGAUUGUCAAGGAGAAGAUCCACCUUCAGAGUGAGCACAGCAAGGCCAUCCUGGCACGCAGCAAACUGGAGAGCCUGUGUCGCGAGCUCCAGCGUCACAACAAGACCCUCAAGGAGGAGAACCUGCAGCGCUCCCGGGAGUACGAGGAGAAGCGCCGGGAGGCCACGGCGCACUUCCAGACGACCUUGAACGAGAUCGAGGCGCAGAUGGAGCAGCACAACCUCCACAACGCCAAGCUGCGGCAGGAGAACAUGGAGCUGGCGGAGAAGCUGAAGAAACUCAUCGAGCAGUACGAGCUGCGGGAGGAGCACAUUGAUAAGGUCUUCAAGCACAAGGAGCUUCAGCAGCAGUUGGUGGACGCCAAGCUGCAGAGGACCACGGAGAUGAUGAGGGAGGUGGAGGAGAAGCACCAGCGCGAGAGAGAUUUUCUGCUGAAGGAGGCGACGGAGUCGAGACACAAGUGUGAGCUCAUGAAGGAGCAGGAGUGUCAGCUCAAACAGCAGCUUUCCCUCUACAUGGACAAGUUUGAAGAAUUUCAGACCACUCUGGCGAAGAGCAAUGAGGUGUUCACCACUUUCAGGCAAGAGAUGGAGAAGAUGACGAAGAAGAUCAAGAAGCUGGAGAAGGAGACAACGGUGUGGCGCACCAAGUGGGAGAACAACAACCAGGCCCUGUUGCAGAUGGCGGAAGAGAAAACCGUGCGGGACAAGGACUACAAGGCUCUUCAGGGAAAGCUGGAGCGACUGGAGAAGCUGUGCCGGGCUCUGCAGAAGGAGCGCAAUGACCUCAACAAGAAGAUGGAGGUGCUACGUGGCCAUCUGUCGGAAGGGACAGGCCCACCCGGUCCACAGCCGGGACAGCAGCCUCCGGCGGAGGAGGGCGGGGAGUCUGACAGAGAGGAGGCCGGCCUGCAGCCUCGACCUGCCCUGGCAGAGGAAGGCACAGCCUUGCCCACAGCUGAGCAUGUCGACAACUGAGCCAGCGCAGUGCCCCCUGGGGGUUUUGGAAGGUAUAUAUUUUUGUGUAAUAAUAACGACGAUAAUUAUAAUUUACUCUGUACUUGAUAAUUAUUUGGCUUUGUUGUGAGGAUUUCUUACUUCCUUUUUUUCUACCACAUCUGUAUUUUCUUAGGAAAUUUCAUGUGGUUCAGGACAGCUCUGCCUUGGCAGCUUUAUAGUCCACUACUUUAUGGAUUUUUUUUUUGCGCACAUCUGCCUCAUUUUAGGGAUUUCACAUUUCCACCUCUCCUUCUGCCGACAUGGUUAAUACCACUGUACAGAUACAAUAUUUAAGAAGAAAUGCAUUAUUUUUCAAAUUGACAGAUGCCUAGGGCUAUAUUUAUUUCAAUCUGCUUCCAUUUUCAGUGAACUGUGUGGAUACAUACAGUCACUUGCCGAGCUUCGUGUUGAACUGGCUUCCAGUUAAAACAAAGCUGUGAAAAGUUCAGCCCAAGAACUUCAAAGGUGCCUCCUUCAGAACAGCAUUCUGAAGAGGGCUACUUAUUAAGCUCCAUCCUUUCUUGCUGUUAAGAGGGACUCUUCAUAUAUUAACUGGACACUCCGAUGAAAUAAUCAUAAGUUUCAUUAUUUGGAAAGGAACAGGUAAACAUUUAUACCAUGCUGAAAGAAAAUAUAUUUUCUCUUCUUUUCAGCAUGGAAUAAACCUUUACUUGUUCCUUUGCAGCCUAUGCAUGCUGACAGAGCUACCUACAAGAACAGUUUCAGUAUUUGGCUUGAUACCAGCUAAUGUUUCUAAUAAUGCCAUGAUUCAAGUAUUGUUAUCAUUUUUGCAGCGUCCUUUUCAUGGAAUUCUGUAAUACCUCCAGAGCUUUUAAAUAAAUUUAGGGUCACUUUGCUACAUUCCAGUGAAGCACCUAUUUUGUGGACUGAUGGGGAGUUACAUUUUUGUAAAGUAGUGCUUAUGACAAGAACCUCAUCCAAUUUUAGAUGUGUUGUGCUGCAGAAUAUGUCAUGCAGACUUGCAAAAAGGUGCUUUGUAAAAGAAGGGCUGAAAUGUUUGCACAUUUGAGUUAGAAUGUCCCAUGUCUUUUCAAAAGUACCUGCUUUGUCUGUAUGACUGCUAAAUGGUAAUGUUCAGUUUUAAGUAUUGAACAUAAGUAAUGUUGUAUCUAACUUCGGUAAUGAAUGUUAAUUGAAUCUAUAUAUUGAGGUUAUGCACAAGUCAUGACGAGCAAUUCGCAUUUUAGUUCCUGAUGACACUGAAAUCAUAGGAUGGAAAUAAGGCACGGUUGAAUGUACCAAUUUCAGCUGUUCAUGGGUAGCAUAUGUGAAUUACCCAGACUGCGUUAGUUUUACAUAAUGACUUUAGAUACAGUUACCAUUUAAUCCCUAAACAUGAAAUCUUUAAUCUUCAAAUCAUGAAAAUCCUUACUGGAAACACAGGGUGCAUUCUCCUCAGGGCUACAUUUACAGCUUCGUCUCACUCACUCUUCCAGUCCAAGGUUUAAACCAGAUAUAUUGCUCUGAGAUAUCCAAGGAUGAAGGGAAGGAUUUAGUGUCUUGUCACUCCCUUUUCCCCUUCAGAAAUAUGAACACCCCAUGAUGUUACCACCAUGCAGGCUUUUUUAGCAUGUAUUAAAAAAACAUAAAACACUUGAAUAAAUAGAUGUUGUUUUCCUUCUCAAAAAAGCAACUCUUCUCCUACAUUUAAAUUGCCAAAAUGUAGGUACUGCCAUAUUAUGUAGUGCUUGCCUGUUUAUCUGUGAACAGACAAAGACUAAAGGAAACCAUCAGUUUUUUUUCUGGGCUAAUUCUAAACACCUUUAUUUUAAACUGUUGUGUAAUUGUAGUGUAUGCUAAAGUGUCUUUAGCAGAGUUGUUUUGCACUUAAGGUGAAAUCCCUAAACCAUGUGUGUGAACUCUAUUCACUGAAAGAUGAAUUUAGAUUCCUUCAUUACUCACAUACAGCAGGAGACAGAAAUCCAUGUUCAGUGGCCUUUGUAAUGCAUCCUGUAAGUGUGUGUGGGGGGGUAACACAACUAUUUGUGUUUGUGUUGAGAGGUAAGAAGUUAGUAACAUUUAUCUGACCAGUGAAAAAUGCUUGAAAAAUGUACCUACUACUUGAUACUUUAACUGCAUCAUAUGUUGGGGUCUAAAUAUUACUUGAAUGUGAGGGUAUGUCAAGACAGAAAAACUGCAGUGCAAUAGAACACAUUGCUCACAAUGUCCUGGGCAUUAAACUAGUAAGAAAUGCUGUCAAACUGUUCCACUUAGAGCUGGCACCAGUAAUUCUUCCAUAGGGUUAAUUUAAUUUAGUGUGCAGUAGAGCAGCUCUUGGCUAACCUUGAAGUUCUUCAUUGCAAGAUGUGGGCUUGAUGUCUUCAGUCAAGACAAAUGUGGCCGUUUUGCUUUUAUGGUCAAAUGAAAUGUCUGGAAACCAGGGGUUAUGAGAAGUGUCCAUCAUGAGGUUGGGACAAUCAUGUUUGUGUUUAUAAAGGCCCUUCAUGUUCCAUUACCACUUCCCUGUUUGUUAGUUUUUCAAACUUCACUGCCCACCUUUAAAACUUUUAGAGCUUUUUACUCCUCAACUUCUAUUUAGUAUCUAUGUUGCAGCCUUGGCAGCAUAAAAUGUGAGUCAUUCCUAGUUCCGUUUCCCAAUAAUGGCAAGACGUCUGUACUUUUUUUGUUACUUUUGAAUAAUUAAUUAUCAUUUCUUUUGUACACUUCUCAAAAAUAACCCAAUUGGGGAAACAAGAGGUAGAGUAAUACAGAGUGAUUUUUAUGAAAUUUUAAGAUUUUUGAUUUAUUGAGAGUAAAUAGAAUUAAAGUGAAACAAAUCUAAAUGAAAAGAUGCAAUUUAUUUCAGAGGUGACUUCAAGACAAAAGUUUAUAUUUUUUUGUUUGCUUGCUUUUGGGAGCAAUUAUUUGAGUUAAAUAAGAAUGUAUUGGAUGCCCGCAGUAAUCAGAAUGCCUAGAAAAAAAGUCAUGUCGGCUGUUCUGUAUACUGCUGGCAUUAUUCAAAAAUACAUUUUCCAGUCUGAUGAUUGUUUCACAGUGUAAUUUAUAUGUAAAACUCAAUACUCAUUUCAUGUGCUCAUUCUUAUGGUAGAUGAUUUGUUAUUUUAUUGUUCACUUCAUCAGAUGGCUCUUUAUUGUGUGGAAGUCAUUGUAGGCGCAGGAUCAAAGGUACUGACAUUCUUGAUGCGAUGGUCUGUAUUUUCAAUAUUUACUUUCACCCUUCUUUGGCAGCGCCAGUUUCUCAGGUUAUGCAAGAAAUCUACCUCUACAGGUUGUAUACAAGAUUAACUGUGAAAGAAAAUGAGGCAGACAUUGACUUUCUGUUUUUUCAAAAAUUGCUUUAUUUUUUAAAGUAUAACCCCCAAGCUCCCUUUAAGAGAUUGUAAAAUGUACUGCUAGUCCUGUCUUGCUUUUCAAUAAAACAUUUUGUAGCUCUUUUUUUCCAUGA